CCACCAGCAUCAGAUUUCUGAGAGAGAAAGAGAAACUCAGAGACGGGAAGCUUUGGAGCACAACCACCAGAAGAGAAAGACAGACAGACAGGUCUGCUGCUGCUGCUACUGCUGCUGUUGCGCUCGAUUUCUGCAUUGAACAACCAAAAGCAAAGUGAUUACUUUUUAAAGAAAAAGAAAAAGUUGAACGAGCUGGAAUGGACGGGAAAACACUAAGACUCACGCCGCUGUGGUGCACCUUGCUCCUCUGGGCAUUCCAAGUUUGCAGUGGAGCUGUGACGGUGACAGUGUCUCCUCAAGUGAAUGUGGUCAAAGAUGGAACAGCAACCCUGCCCUGCAAAUACACUGGAACAAAGGCAAACAGUAUAGUGGUUGCAUGGACUGUUGAUUAUGAAGGAUCCAGAAGGCGCCUUGCAUAUAAAUCAGGGGAGGAAAUAAAAAGUGAUGAUGCUUUGAUUCUAAAAGGACGGGCCACUAUGGGAGCUGAUUUGAGCUUGACCAUCACCAAGGUUGAACCAUUUGACGAGCUCACUUACUGGUGCGAGGUCACUGCUGGCCCUGAUGGGUACAAGGAUGCCCCCACUCUCCUUAAAGUCUUCCAUACUCCAGAGACCCCAGAACUCAAAAAGCCAACUUCUCAGGCCAUUUCAGUUACAAGCACCAGCAGCUCAGAGAUUGGUACCUGUGUUACAAAGAACGCCCUUCCCCAGCCAAGACUCAUCUGGUUCAAAAACGAUCAGCCCAUUCCAGAAGUUAAAGACAAGUUCAAGGAAACCUACAUGGUUCCCUCAGUCGUGAAGGAGUCUUCAGGUCUUUUCACUGUUCAGAGCAUCCUGUACAUGAGGCCCAAAAAAGAGGAUAAGGACUCUGUGUUCUUCUGCAAAGUGGAAUACAGCACUCUACAAAACACCACAGAGACGAAGAGUUCUGGCACCAUCAACAUCAACCUGAACUAUCCCCCUGAGAAAACAACUUUCACCUUACUCAACACUCCCCCAAUCAAAGAGGGUGAUAAAGUUGAGAUGAAGUGUGAGACUGAUGGAAACCCUCAGCCCUUGUUUGAUUUCAGUAAAGAUAACAAAGACAUCAAAGGUGAAGGUGGCCUUUUGACACUGAAAUCGGUCAAACGCACAGACUCUGGUGAAUACCUAUGCAAAGGCACGGACUUUGACAACUUUGAUAAAGAUCUAUCAGCAAAACUCAACCUCAUGGUCCACUAUAUUGACCCAGUUGUUGUGACCCCUCCCGAGGCCCAAACUGUCAGUCUGGGGCAGAAGGUGGAGCGGCAGUGUGAGGUCAAGGCAUCAGACAAACAUACGCUUCAAUGGAUAAAGGGCUCUGAGGUUCUUUCUCAGGAUGGCAAUCUAUCAAUAGACAAUGUUGGCUAUGAUCAAGCAGGAGAUUACACAUGUGUAGGAGCUGUCCCAUAUGUGCCUGGACUGAAAGCCAAUGCAACUUUCACCCUGACUGUUGAAGGAAAACCAAUUAUUGCUCAACCUACUGAUGGAGAGGUGCCAAAGGAAGGAUCCCCAGUUACCUUGAAAUGCGCUGCUCAUGGUGAACCCAAACCACAGUUUACAUGGGCGCCCUCAGCCAAAGAGUCUGUUGAAAUUAAAGGCAACAUGAUAGUCAGCACAAUUGUCCUAAAUGCCACUGCUGACAUCAUGAAGCACGGGGUCAACUGCACAGUCAACAACAAAUUUGGAAGUGACUUCAAGACCAUCAAAGUGUCAAUGAAAGAUGAGCGAGCAUUUAAAGGCUCAGCUGAAGUGCUGCUCUCUGGAAACCCUGUGCUAAAGUCAGCUGACAUGCAGCAGGGGGGCUCCAGCGCGGUGGUGGUAGCUGUAGUGGUGUGUGUUCUGCUGCUCCUGCUGCUGGUGGGCCUCAUCUACUGCCUGAACAAGAGGACCAAGCUGCCGUGCAGCAAGAAGGAUAAGAAGGACAUGGUCACUGGAGACGUGAACAACGACAUUGUGGUUGAGAUGAAGACAGGCAAGACCGAGCAUGAUGGUCUCCUCAACAAAAAAGCAACAGCAGAAAAGUGAUGGAACCAAAUGAUGAAAGAACGCAGAGGGAUGAAGGGAAGAUGGCAGAAAAAAAAGAAAGACAAGUGGGAUCUUUUUGAAAUUACGUAACACUGAUGGAAAGAAUUUUUCAUUUUUAUUUUAGUGACUUUAAGGUACUUCCAAUGCUCCCUUUCAGUUAUGCUUGCUGUUUUGCCUCAAUUAGAGCCAGCUGUGUGGAGUUUCAGUCUUCAAGAGCUCCACUAAUCUGGUUCUAUAACAGGUAUUGCUAUGAUGCUAUGAUUUGUCAAUCAAUUUCACAAAUCACCUCCACCGCUGAGUAGAUCUAGAUAGUGACCAAAAAAUUCUAACAUAGUGGCUGAAAUCGGAAUCUGAAGUGCAACACAAAAUGUCUAACCUUUUUUUUUCUUUUUUUCUGAAAUGUGUAUCUGCAAAUGUGCGAAUUCUCUUAUCUGGUUUGGAGUCUGCACUUAAAUUCUUUCCUCUCUCUUUGGUCAAAUAACGGGAAAACUCUUCUGGGCUACAGUUCAGUUUGAUUCACCCCUAUAUUUAGUCCUUUAAGCACAUUGUAUGGCUGGUAAAAUGUUCAGAGUUACUCUUUUCUGUAUUGUGGUCUAUUUUUGCUGCAUCUCUGCAACCUGUGAAUGUUUUUAUGAUUAUGCUUUGUUUUUUUUCCAGUGUUCUUGAUUAGCUAUGAGUAGCAUCCUGGGUUUAUUGACAACUAUACUUUCCCUUUUGGCUUUACUUUUUUAACCUAAUACAAAACCAGCAACCCCUCUUGUUCCCUAAAAUUUUACCUUUGCUUAAGGUUUUCUCUGUAGAUUAAAUGUUGAUUUGGCCAUUUUGGGAGGUGUUUGUACGAUGAAUAUAGCAUUAUUUUUAGGAGAGCCUGCUAGUUUUCAGUUUGGUUCAAAACUGUCUGAAAGGUAAGAAACGUCUCCGACAGCCUUAUUAGAAACCAGCUUUCACUGUAAAACUUAGUGUGAUGCAGAAGGACCUGACAGUCUCAGACUGCGCCCUGCCAAAGUUGUUAUUCUUUACUAAAUUGGACUUUUAGAUCUAUGUACAGUGACAAAUUCACCUGCUAAGAGCAGAAAGAGGAGGGGAGCAUUCAAAAGAUGGAUUUAUGCUGAAAUAGUGAGAUGUUUUGUUGUUUAUUUUUUUUAUUUUACCAAAUAUAAUCAUCUGCAAAAGCAAGAGUGUUUUUUUAUGUUUUGGUCUGCUUUUUUUGUUUCUACACUGCUGGAAAACAGAUUUUGUUGUGGUAUGUUUAUGUGUUUUUUCCUUUGUUGAACACUGGAACCAAUGGCCUUGGCAUUUUUCUGACAAAAAAGAAAAAAAAAAUUCUUUGUUUUUUAAUGUCUGCUAAUUUUUGCAGCAAAUACACUGUUAGCAGACUUGUGAAGAUAGGGAGUGAUUUUGGUUUUUUUCCUGUUUUAUAUAAAUAUAAAUAUAUUCAACAUGUGUUACAAUUUAUUUUUGUCGAGGGGAUUCUAAAUUUUGGACUACUGAGACCUCUUUUUCCAAUAGUUUGUCAUUUAGUCAGACAAGAGAAUUUGUUUUUUCUAUUAUUAUUAUAUUAGAUUAUUUGUAUUUUUGGGGGGUUAUAUUCUCAGAGCUUUACUUUUCUUCGUCAUUACUGUAUGCUGUAUGUCAUGAUACACUGUUUGUGACUUCUGUGAUGUUUUGCUGUAUCUUUUUAUUUUGUUCCAGCUGCGUAGAAUUUUUAAUGAAAAAAAAAGACACAAGAAAAUCAACCACA